AGUUGUCAAAAUGAUAUUAGUGAGGUUAUAAAAUAAAUUUGAAAAUUUCUAUUUUGUUUUGUUAACAAUUGUUAUAUAAAUUAGUUGUUACCCUCAAACGAAAUAAUAUCGGCGGCAAAAGAUGAAUUUCUUGCGUAGAGGUUUAUCGCUGCUUUCGAUUGGUAUCAAGGCGCAAUGUAAACAAAUACCAGUUCCAGCGCUGCCCGCUCCAACCGCCGCGGUGCCAACGUUCCAGCCACUAGGCAUACUGUCCAGAGCGAUGGCUUCGCUCAAUCAGAUGCAUAGAACAGGUCCUCACAUAAAAUUAAGGAAGUCUAGGAAUCCGCUCAAUGGAAACCCUUUUGCUAAGGGAGUCGUGCUAAAGACACUGAUAAAGAAACCAAAGAAGCCGAACUCUGCCAACCGUAAGUGUGUGCUGGUACGGCUCUCGAACGGCAAGGAGAUGGUGGCGUACGUUCCAGGCAUCGGGCACAAUCUACAGGAGCACAAUAUCGUGCUCGUCAGAGUCGGCAGGUUGAAGGACUGUCCUGGAGUGAAGCUGAAGUGUGUGCGCGGCAAGUACGACCUACCGCAAGUAAUCAAACAGAAAGUGUAGUUGCAACCUAGUCUAGUAACCUUAGUACAAUAUAUUACUU